GUGAAUCUUUUUGAAUCUUCAUGGCGGUUUUGAGUCUGGGUUUCACUUGCAGAUCCCAUUUUCCUGUUCUUCCCCUGUUUUACUGUUUGUCGAAGGUUCAGUUCAACACUGUUGCUGCUGCUGCAAUUGAGACUGUGGAUGACAAGGAUAGUGAUCAUGACAAGGGUUCUGAUCAAACGAGUAAUGGUAAAGCACCAGAGUGGAAGAAAUUGAAUUCAGAAGAUCUUGGGAUAACCAGUUCUAUGAUUUCAAAGCCCACCCGACUAGUUCUAAAUGGCCUUAAGAAUAAAGGACAUGAUGUUUACCUUGUUGGAGGCUGUGUACGGGAUCUUAUUUUGAAGCGGACUCCGAAAGACUUUGAUAUACUUACUUCUGCAGAACUUAGAGAGGUUGUUCGGACUUUCUCAAGAUGUGAAAUUGUUGGAAGAAGGUUUCCUAUAUGUCACGUGCACGUUGGGAAUGAUAUGAUAGAGGUUUCGAGUAUUAGCACAUCUGCUCAACAUUCUCCAAGAAACAUGAGAAAUGGUUCUGGAAAAUCCAGUGACUCCUAUGACGAGGACAGUAUCCGUUUCAAUAAUUGCUUGCAGCGUGAUUUCACUAUUAAUGGGUUGAUGUUUGAUCCUUAUGCCAAAGUUGUAUAUGACUAUCUCGGGGGAAUUGAAGAUAUUAGAAAAGCUAAGGUACAGACGGUGUUUCAUGCUGGCAAAUCUUUUCAAGAGGACUGUGCCCGGAUUCUUCGUGGAACAAGAAUUGCUGCGCGUUUAGGUUUCACAAUAUCCAAGGAAACAGCUCAUUUCUUAAAGAAUCUUUCCUUCCUUGUACAAAGACUCCACAGGGGAAGAAUCUUGAUGGAAAUAAAUUACAUGUUAGCAUAUGGAUCAGCAGAAGCUUCUUUAAGAUUGCUGUGGAAAUUUGGGAUACUAGAAAUUCUUUUGCCAAUUCAGGCAGCAUAUCUCGUUCACAGUGGUUUCAAGAGACGUGACAAAAGGACUAACAUGCUUCUGUCUCUCUUUGGCAAUUUGGAUAAAUUGUUGGCUCCAGAUAGACCUUGCCCCAGCAGCUUAUGGUUAGCAAUCUUGGCUCUUCACAAAGCCCUUGCUGAUCAACCUCGAUAUCCUUCAGUGGUUGCCGCGUUCAGCCUUGCUGUCCACAAUGGUGGAGAUGUUCUAGAAGCUGUAAAAAUCACCCAGAAAGUCACAAAGCCACAUAACAGAAGUUUCUUCGAGCUACUGGAGCCAGAGGAAUUGGACUCCCAAUCCUUAUUGUAUGAAGUCAUGGAUUUUGAUUCAUCUAUCAAAGAAGCCUUGGGACAGAUGACUGAUGGGAAAUUUAUUUCUAAGGCUAUGGCAGCGUACCCUCAGGCCCCACAUUCCGAUAUGGUUUUCAUACCGUUGCAAUUGUACCUAGAUGCAAGACGAAUAUUCGAGUGUGUGAAAGAAAAUGUGCAAAAGAGAUUUGUGCCUAAGCAAAACAGUAAAAUCGAUUAUACCUCAUUAUCUUCAGGCAACCUUCCAGAAGUUAGACACGUAUUUGCUAGGGUUGUUUUUGAUACUGUCUUCCCAUUAAACUCAUCUCAAGAGCUGUAGUCCCUCAUCUAUCAAUUGUGUUUAAACUGAUAUAAGCUUGAACGCAAAAGGAUAUUUUCGAAAACUCUCAUAUGUAAAACAUCAUAACUAGAUGUAGUGAACACCAUUUUUGUACUAUACAAG